AUUAUUUAAAUAAAUUCAUAAUAAUUUUUUAAAAAAAAGUUAAAUGAAAUAAAAAAUACCCCCUCAUUUAAAGCAAAUCUUCUUCUCCACACAUACGCCAUUUCUUCUCUCUAAUUUUUCUCUCUCCUAAAAUUUAGGUUUAGGGUUUGUCUUCAAUUUCCCCCAAUUUACAUCGACUUUUCUUCAAUUUUCAACUUCAAAUUCAAUCGCCGCUAAAAAAUUUAGAUUCAUACUGAAAUUUCGAUUCGGAAAACUGUAAAUUUCCAUUUUAGUUGUUAUAAUUUGACUUUUUGAUUGUUCUUCUUCUUCAUUUGUUUUUACCCUAAUUCCAAAAGAUAAGUCAUCUUAGAUCUACCUAAUUUCAAUCAUUUCAUUAUAUAUAUAUAGCUCAAAAAUCUGAAAAUUAGUAGAAAAAUCUUUGAAUUUCAGCUCAAAUUUCGGUUUAAAUUGAGUUUUUUGAGCUCCAUUAAUGGCGGUUUCAACGAUUGCGCUGUAUGCGAGUCCACCGAGUAGCGUGUGUUCUACACCGCAUCCAUGUUCAAUCAAUUCUCAUUCAUCUUCUUAUGAUUUCGAUCUCAGCGGUAGAUCUCCUUCAACGAGCUCGCAAUCUUCAUCAUCAAGCUCUCAACGGCCGAUAAUCGGCGGUUUAUCAUGUCUUCUGAAACACUCGCCUACUUCAGUAAAUGAGGAUUUUCAGAAGGUAGGAUUGGAUGAUCAUCAUCUUCAUCAUCAAUACAACAAUUUGAGUAGCUCAUUUCGGUAUUCGAAUUGCUCGUCGUUGAGUUCUUCGUUGAAGCGAGAUCUUCAGAGCCCUGUUUCGGUGUUUCAGGGUCCGGUUUCAGUUUCCAGUAGCUGUAAUAGCGUCGCUUCGGGGACGUUUUCGGGUUCGGGUUCGGGUUCGUUUCGGGUUAAUAAUACGACGAAUGGGUUGUUAAAUGGGUUUGUGAGAAAUUCGUUGGGGUCGUGUUUGGAUCGUGAUGUGGAGGAACUUACGUUUAAUAUGGAAGAUCAUUUUGUGUUUGGUGGUAGUGUUGAGGAAUUGUUAGCAAGUGCUCAAAUCAGGAAUAAAAUUUUCUAUGAAGAUUUUGUGAUCAAGGCGUUUUAUGAGGCUGAAAAGGCUCAUAGAGGGCAGGUGAGAGCAAGUGGGCAUCCAUAUUUGCAUCACUGCUUGGAAACUGCCGUGCUUUUGGCGAACAUCGGGGCGAAUUCGACUGUUGUUGCUGCUGGUUUAUUGCAUGACACAAUUGAUGAUUCUUUUGUAACGUAUGACUAUAUUUUAAGCAUCUUUGGAUCUGGGGUGGCUGAUUUGGUUCAUGGGGUGUCAAAACUAAGCCAUUUGAGCAAGCUUGCACGUGAAAAUAAUACGGCAAAUAAAACCAUUGAAGCAGAUCGGUUGCAUACAAUGUUUCUUGCUAUGGCUGAUGCUAGGGCAGUCUUGAUUAAAUUGGCAGAUAGAUUGCAUAAUAUGAUGACACUCGAUGCAUUGCCAUCUCACAAGCAGCAGAGGUUUGCAAAGGAGACAUUGGAGAUUUUUGCACCAUUGGCUAACAGACUUGGUAUCUCUACUUGGAAAGAACAAAUUGAAGACUUGUGUUUCAAACAUCUAUAUCCAAAUCAAUAUAAUGAAUUGUCCUCUAAGCGUAUGAAGUCAUUUGAUCAAGCAAUGAUUGAAUCUGAGAUUGGGAAACUUGAAGAUGCUCUCAAGAGUGAAGAUAUAUCUUACCAUGACUUGUCUGGUCGUCACAAAAGCUUAUUCAGCAUUCAUCGCAAAAUGUCAAAGAAGAAGCUGACUGUGGACCAGAUUCAUGAUAUUCAUGGGUUGCGUUUGAUUGUUGAGAAUGAGGAAGACUGUUUUAGAGCACUUAAAGUUGUUCAUCAGUUGUGGUCUGAAGUACCUGGAAAGUUCAAGGACUAUAUUCAUUGUCCAAAAUGCAACGGAUACAAAUCUCUUCAUACAGUUGUGGUCGGUGAAGGAAUGGUUCCACUUGAAGUUCAAAUACGGACUAGGGAAAUGCAUCUACAAGCAGAGUAUGGAUUUGCUGCGCACUGGAGGUAUAAGGAGGGUGAAUCUCAACACUCCUCUUUUGUGCUUCAAAUGGUGGAGUGGGCUAGAUGGGUGGUCAAUUGGCAGUGUGAGACAAUGAACAAGGAUAAACCAUCAAUCAACUAUGCUGAUUCCCUCAAGCCACCCUGUAAAUUCCCAACUCAUGCUGAAGGGUGCCCAUAUUCCUACAAUGCUCAGUCUAAUGAAGAUGGACCUGUAUUUGUUAUCUUGAUAGAGAAUGAAAAGAUGUCUGUUUGUGAAUUCCCCACAAACUCCACCAUGAUGGAUCUAUUAGAUAAGACAGGCCAUGGUAGCCCCCGUUUGACUUAUGGUUUCCCCAUGAAGGAAGAGUUGAGGCCUCGGCUGAACCAUCAUCCUGUUAGUGAUCCGACGUGCAAGCUGAAGAUGGGAGAUGUGAUUGAGCUAACUCCAGCCAUUCCUGACAAGUCUCUGGUUGAGUACAGGGAAGAGAUUCAGCGCAUGUACAAUCGAGGUCUAUCGGUAUCAAAACCUGCCUCUGCUGUCACAAGUGCCAGUGUGGUUGGCUGGAGUAGUUGACGAUGAAUGCUGAUGUAUCUUUAGUUGUAGGACUACGGUUGAAUAACACAAUCUGUUCAUGUAAAUAUAUCAUCUGUACAGAAAAAAUUUAUGUUCUUUGUAUUGUGGGUAUAUAAUUGUGGCUAACUGAAUCUGAUUAAUUGAAGAAAUGAAAAGAUUGAAAAAAGAAAUGAUAUUCCCACACAUUGCGUGGCAUUGUCUUUA